GAGAGACUUUCGCAGCUGAAAUUUCGUAUUUUAAUUCAGUUUAUUGCUGUACUCGAACAUAUCAUGACUAUUAAGAAUUCGGGAAUAAUUUUUGCAUUCAUCAUUGGAUUUGUAGUCGGCGUACAAGUAUUCUUUUGGAUCUUUUUAAGGAACAGCAACAGUUUAACUUUCCGAAGUGAAUUAUUCAAUAAUAAGGCAAAGUCGAUUGACAAUCUUCAUAAAUAUGACACAUCAUUUGCUGACAAACUGUUUGAUCAAGUGAAAAUUUUGUGUCUGAUCUUAACACAGCCAUCAAAUCAUGAAACUAAAGUAUAUCACGUUAAUAACACUUGGGGAUAUAAAUGCACCAAGUUAAUCCUUUUAAGCACCAAAAAUCAUACAAAUUUUGAGACAUUCAGUAUUCCUCGUAAUGAAUCACGUGACAUUUUAUGGGGUAAAGUUCGAAAUGGCUUCGAGCAAGCUUACUUAAAGUAUUAUAAGGAGUACGAUUGGUUUCUCAAAGGCGAUGAUGAUUCAUAUUUUGUGAUGGAAAACCUUCGACAGGCUCUCUAUCAAUACAAUUCCAGUAUAUCAAUUAUUGUUGGACAUAAAUAUGUGAUACAGAAUGUUAAGGAAGGAUAUAUGGCUGGCGCAGGCUAUGUUUUAUCGAGAAAAGCAUUAGAAAAACUCUCGAGAAUCUUUAAAAACAGCACAAUUUGUCGAACUGACGAAAAUGGAGCUGAAGAUGCAGAAAUGGGAAAAUGUCUUGCAAGCAAUGCUUUAUUUCUUGAUGGACACGAUGAAUUGGGCGAAAAACAAUUUUUCCCUGUAAGUGUAACGGAGCACAUGUCUUAUAAGAAGCUUGACUACGAUUAUUGGUAUACAAGGAAUCAAUGGUUUAAUGUUACACAAGGAGGACUUGAAUGCUGUUCUAGAAACCUAGCAUGUAUGCAUUAUAUAAAGCCUAGUGAGAUGUAUCGAUUCAACUAUUUAAUUAAUAAUGUUCAUCCUUUUGGACUUCAAAAGAAUUAUGACCUUGAGAUGCCUAGAAAAUUAGAUAUCCAGGAACUAGUCAAGUUAGCUGACCAGAGAAGUUCCUCGCCAAAUUAUGUGAAUCAUACAAUUGUUCACAAUUUCGACAACGAUGAAGUAUUCUUAGAUUAAUUAUUAUCACUGUUCUUUAUUCAGGUAUCGUAUUGCUUACUGUUACUAUAAAAUAACUUCCUUAUUAUAAGUACAAUAAAAUUGACAACAGCAUUAGAGUUGUCAAAACUCACCGAAAAUAA